UGAAAGUCUCUGAAACGCCUAGGAUAAACAAAGACGUACGAGAUUGGGAAAGAAAUCAAGGCAGAGACAGAAGUGAGGGUUGGGCUGGAAAUCCUAUGGCAAGCUGUGUCCAAGGAUUUCAGCGUCAUAAUUCCAAAGGUAUUCCCAGAUGUGAAAGAAAUGCAAGUGAUUGAAGGAGACGGAGGCGUUGGCACCAUCCUUCUCAUCACUCGUCAUUGCUCCAGUGGAUCUGGGGUACGUUAUCAGAAGGAGAGAAUAUCAGAGCUGGAUGCCACAGCACACGAGAUUGGGUUUGAGUACGUUCAAGCAGGGUUUCUGAAUGAAGGAUUCUCCUACUAUAAAGGAAGCCUGCAGCUAUCUGCAAAAGGAGAGCAUCAGACUGUGGUCAUUUCGAAGGUUUGUUAUUAUGAACUUGAAAAUGAAGAAGGCAGCACCGAAAAGCUUAAGACAGUAGAGCCUGCUGGUUUAAACUUCUUAAGGAGCCUUGCAAAGCAUCUCUCCAAUGGUGCCUGAUGAUCAUUAUUGGCCAUUUCUCGUGGAUCCACCUCCCUCUUGGUUUCAUGCCCAAAUAAGUGAAUAUCAUGUCACCCACCUCCCAAUACAAUUUCUUCUUCUCCAUUAAC